AUGACUGCACGCUACUCCCAGAGGCAGACAUUCGACGGCGUCCACGGGGAGAACGUCGCGGUCGAGCGCUCCCUCCUCCUCUUCCUCCUCCUCCUCCUCCUCGCGACCAUCUGUCCGAUCCGGCAUCGACAUCGUCCUUACUCGGCCAAAGACAUUCCGCCGCCAGCGACGCCCUCGUCUCAUGGCGUGCUGGCCCUCGCCAAGAUGAACUCUCUCAACAUCAUCACCGCCCGCGUCUCGCCAUCGUCGAGCCCGACCCCGUCUCGUUCCAACAGCAUCGGCCCCAUCGCCGACGUCAUAUCGGACGAAAAGUCGGUCGCGGAAAAGUCGCAGGACAAGGCGGCCGCCCACGAACAGCAGGCCGCCGUCGCCUUCGGUCACGACCCCUUCGAGGAACCGGCCGAGUGCGACGACGAGAAGCCGGCGGCCGUCGAGGAGACGCCGUUGCUGCACGAGACCAAGGAGGGUCGAAGCGGUCGCUGGUGGCAUUCGAUGCCCCGCGGCUUCGUCUCGAGCAUCCUCAACUCGCUGCGGUGGAUACUCGCCACGCUGGCGUCGCCCGGCGUCUACCUAAUGGCCUGCCUGUACGACGAGCAAUCCAACUUUGCGCCAAUGACGCAGCUCAAAAAACUCUUCGGUGUCCGCAAGGGCGGCCUCGAAAGCUACGCCGGACCCGACGGCGCGCCCGGGACUCGUUCCUCGGCGACGAGCUCGAGCGUCCAUGGCUGGGGCUACCGAUCGUCGGCCCCUCGACCGGUACCGUCGAGCGCCGCCUCGUCCACCUCGGGCGCCUCCUCCGACUCGGAAGUGGACGACGGCAAGGCUUCCAAAAGAAGAAGCGGCGGCGGUCGCGGCGGCGGCGGCGGCGUCGGUGACGGUCGGCCCAAGACGCCGAGCCCCGGUGGCGACGACUCCGGCACCGGUCGAAGAUCGAUCAGGAUCAAACUCCACGGCGACGAGGCCCAGCGGCGGCAGCAGCGCAAGAACCGAAGGACCGCGUCGGCGACCAAGACGGGCGAGGACGAGCGGCUGCUGGCCCAGAUCAAGUCCCCGACGUCGCCCAUAGCGGCGCUCACCCGGUACCCGAAGAUGCCGGCGCCGCCGAGACCGCUGAUACCCCGACGGCAGCCGUCGUACCUCAACAUGGAGGCGCCGACGAAGCACCAGAAGACGCUGAUCCUCGACCUCGACGAGACGCUCAUCCACAGCAUGUCCAAGGGCGGCAGGAUGAGCACCGGUCACAUGGUCGAGGUCCGGCUCAACGCCGCCUCCCUCGGCCUCGGCAGCCAGAGCGGCGCGGCCCAGCACCCGAUCCUGUACUGGGUCAACAAGCGUCCGUUCUGCGACGAGUUCCUGCGCCGCGUCUGCAAGUGGUUCAACCUCGUCAUAUUCACCGCCUCGGUGCAGGAGUACGCCGACCCCGUCAUCGACUGGCUCGAGUCGGAGCGCAAAUUCUUCUCGGCCCGCUACUACCGCCAGCAUUGCUCCUACCGGCAGGGCGCCUACAUUAAGGACCUCAGCUCCGUCGAGCCGGACCUGAGCAAGGCUAACCGCGCCGCAGAUAACGCGAUUCCCAUUCAGGGCUGGAUCAACGACCCGACGGAUAACGACCUGAUGCAUCUGGUGCCCCUGCUGGAAGGCCUGCAAUACGUGCACGACGUGAGAGCGCUGCUGGCGCUCCGCGGCGGCGAGGACGGGCAACACAUGGGGUAG